AUGCCUUUGGUUAGACUUCCCGGUUGGCCGUAUGCUGUAGCCUGUGGGCUCCUGCUUCUCCUCCAGCAUGUGCAUGGCCAGGACUCAGCCAGCCCCAUCAGGAACACACACACAGGCCAGGUGAGAGGCAGCCUUGUCCACGUGAAAGACACUAAAUCUGGUGUCCACGCCUUCCUGGGAAUUCCCUUUGCCAAGCCUCCUGUAGGACCACUGCGCUUUGCACCUCCUGAGGACCCUGAGCCAUGGAGCGGUGUGAGAGACGGGACCGCACAGCCGGCCAUGUGUCUGCAGACUGAUAUGAUGAAUUUAGAGGGUAUGAAUCAGAUGGAGUUGACCAUGAUUCCUAUUUCUAUGUCUGAGGACUGCCUGUAUCUCAACAUCUACACACCAGCCCAUGCCCAGGAGGGCUCUAACCUGCCUGUGAUGGUCUGGAUCCAUGGUGGUGCACUGGUUCUAGGAUCGGCUUCCAUGCUUGAUGGAUCCACACUGGCAGCCACUGAGGAAAUAGUUAUUGUCGCCAUCCAGUAUCGCUUGGGUAUCCUUGGCUUCUUCAGCACUGGAGACCAGCAUGCCACAGGCAACUGGGGAUACCUGGACCAAGUGGCUGCCCUUCGCUGGGUGCAGAAAAACAUUGCUUACUUUGGAGGCAACCGUGACAGGGUCACUAUAUUUGGUGGCUCAGCAGGAGGCACAAGUGUGUCUUCCCAUGUUGUGUCCCCCAUGUCCAAAGGACUCUUUCAUGGGGCCAUUAUGCAGAGUGGAGUGGCCCUGCUGCCUGACCUCAUCUCUGACACGUCUGAGGUGGUCUACAAGGUCUUCAAGAUGAUCCCUGGUGUGGUUGAUGGGAAGUUCCUACCCAAACAUCCUCAGGAGCUGUUGGCCUCUCAGGAUUUUCACCCUGUCCCCAGCAUCAUUGGUGUCACCACAGAUGAAUAUGGCUGGGGAGUCCCCAUGCUCACAGGUUUUUAUCAUAUCAUAGAGAACUUAACCAGGGAGACCCUGCCAGCUAUUCUGAAGAGCGCAGAAGCACAGAUGAUGAUUCCUCCAGGAAGUAGUGACCUGGUAAUGAAGGAGUACAUGGGGGACACUGAGGACUUAGAGACCCUGAAAGCACAGUUCAGAGAGAUGCUGGCAGACUUCAUGUUUGUGAUCCCUGCUCUCCAAGUGGCACAUUUCCAGCGUUCCCAGGCUCCUGUCUACUUCUAUGAGUUCCAGCAUCGGCCCAGCUUCAUCAAGCAUGCCAGACCAUCCCAUGUGAGGGCAGACCAUGGUGAUGAUGUUCCCUUUGUCUUUGGCUCCUAUUUGUGGGGCAUGAAUUUGGACUUCACUGAGGAGGAGAAGAUGCUGAAGAGGAGGGUGAUGAAGUACUGGGCCAACUUUGCAAGAAAUGGGAACCCCAACAGCGAGGGUCUACCCUACUGGCCUGUGAUGGACCAAGAUAACCAGUACCUGCAGAUGAACACACAGCCUGCUGUGGGCCGAUCCCUGAAGGCCAGAAGGUUGCAGUUCUGGACCAAGACUCUGCCCCAGAAGAUCCAGGACCUAAAGGGUUCUCAGGACAAGCAUGCAGAACUGUAG